AUGGGUAGUCUUAAACACAUCCUAUGUGGUUUGAUUGCACUUUGUUUUGUUUGUUCUGGGGAAGUGGCUGCAGUCUUGGAUUGCCCGACACCCUGCAAGCCUUACGAGCUCCAAACCCCUCUACUUACGACUGAUUGGACUGCGAACAUAGGUUCAUCGCCCUGGCCCGAAUACCCUCGCCCGUUGCUCAGAAGACAAGAAUGGAUGAACCUUAACGGGCCAUGGCAAUUCAAACCAGCCAAGAACUCUCAAGAGCUCCUCAGUCCAACUUUUGGGGGAUGCGCUUUUGCCACUCAAAUCCUUGUUCCUUUCCCGAUCGAAAGUGGGCUCAGUGGGAUCAUGGAAAAUCACAUAUACAGCUGGUAUCGUAGAACUUUUGUUGUCCCUGAGCACUGGUUGGGUCGCAAUGUUUUGGUGAACUUUGGAGGGUGGAUUAUGAAGCAACGGUGUUUGUCAAUUGAAAGACUGUUGGGUUCCACAGAGGAGGAUACAUAUUUCAGAUUUACAUUGGAUUUGACUGACGCGCUCAAUGAGCCAGGUGAAGAGAACAAGUUGCUUGUGUUUGUCUACGACCCGACUAAUUCCAAAGGCACAUUGAUUCCUAUUGGCAAGCAAGUUUUGAAGCCAAAUCACUAUUUCUAUACCCCUACCAGUGGGAUUUGGCAAACGGUCUUUCUCAAACCAGUGGCCAAGGAAUAUAUUCAAGACACCGUGACUACCGCUCAUGCGGAUGGGAAAUUGAAGAUCACUGUAUACAAUCCAAUGAUUUCUUCUUUGGAUUCACCUCUCUACCCAUGCCCUCUGGGUAUCCCUCUCCAUCAACACCAAGGAACUUCCAAUAGUCUUGUUACUUUCAGCUUACCUUCCCCUCAGCUUUGGUCCCCCACCAAGCCAAAUCUGUAUCAUUUUGAAGUAAAAUUAGGGAAAGAUACUGUUCAAAGUUAUUUCGUUUUGCAGACGAUAGAGAAGAAAAAGGACACUGAGGAAAUCGUCAGACCUUUCUUAAAUGGAGAAUUUGUCUUUCAACUGGGCACACUGGAUCAGGGUUUUUGGCCUGAUGGUCUCUACACUGCUCCAACACAUGAAGCUAUGACCUACGAUCUGAAAGUAUUGUAG